AUGGCCAAACUCAAAUGCUGGGCAGCAGCCACCCAGGGCUGGGCUCGCCGAUUUUCAGGCCCCAAACUUGCUUUUGUCUGUUGGAUGGAAGGAGAGGUAGAGGCUUGGAGUCUGAAAGCCCAAGAUCUAACAGGUGAGAGCUCAGCUGCUGUCAGCAGAAGCAAGAGAAAGGUAACAGGAUCCGGGGAUGAGAAUGAAGAGAAAGAAAGGCUAAAGCAGAGUCCAAACCAAAAAAAAGUGAAACAUGAAGACAUGUUUCUGAAGGAGUGGUUGCCAGCCAACUUUCCACUUGGCUCCUGUCCUGAAGGUGCCUGCCUGGAACUCUGCAGUGACCCAAGGCAAAGCCCCAUUAAACCUUGGCUCAAGGAGACACUAACCUGUAGACCAUCCCACCCUUGCCCAGAAUGCGGCUGCAACUUCAGCUGCCCUUGCCUCCUGACCAGCCACCAGCAGGUCCAUUCUGGGGAGUGGCUCUUCUUCUGUGUCCAGUGCCAGGCCUGUUUCUCCCAGCGCAAGUACUUGCUUCAGCAUCAGUUCAUCCACACAGGUGAAAGCCCCGACUAUGGGUGCCACUUCUGCCAGAGGGGUUCCCUGGCCAUCCACAGGCGGGCUCACACUGGGGAGAAGUCCUACCCAUGCCCAGACUGCAAUAGUCACUUCACUUACCCCUACCUGCUGGUCAUCCACCAGCACAAGCACAAAGGCAAGAAGCCCUACAAAUGUCCCUCCUGCAGCCUCUGUUUUGCCUACACCUCUCACAGGCGCACACACACAGGUGAGAAGCCCUAUCCCUGUCCUGACUAUGGUCUCAGCUUUAGCUGCUCUUCUUUCCUAAGUCACCAGUGAAUCCACUGGCACAGCUGCCCCUUCGCCUGCCCCUAGUAUGGGAAAGGCUUCAAGUGCAAGUAUGCCCUGAAAGCCCAUCAGUGGUUCCACCACUCUGGCAGCAAUAGGUGGAGGUGGCAACAGGUUGCUGUAGGGCUUUCAGAGCCAAUCCCAGUUUAGGGAGGCCAGGAUCCCCCAGUUCAUUUCCGGUACUUUCCAGAUAUAUUUCAAGAGUGUGGGUGA